CGGGCUCCUCCCCACGUGUCUUUGUGCAUAGUCAACAUGGUACCGACAGGGAGUUAGACACUACACCGCUACGCACCACAUUUCUGGACUGUUCAGACACGGAUGUGAUAGCUAAAAUUGUACCGUGAACUUUGCAGGUUGGAUCUUUGAGAUCUGCUGCUCCUGUUUCAUUUCCUCUCCCCUCCUCGCUCUGUACACAUCAAUAUGGCCAGCGGGGAUGAUGAUGACCCCAUUAUAGAGGAGAUUGAUGUGUACCUCGCCAAAAGCCUGGCAGAUAAGCUGUAUCUUUUCCAGUACCCUGUCCGACCAUCCAAUAUGACCUAUGAUGAUGUCAACCACUUAUCAGCUAAGAUCAAACCCAAGCAGCAAAAGGUGGAGGUGGAAAUGGCCAUGGACGCAAUGAGUCCAAACUACUGUCGCAGCAAAGGAGAGCAGAUAGCUUUGAAUGUGGACGGCACGACUUAUGACGAAACCACCACCUAUUCAGCGAAAAUGAUGGAUAAACAGACUUUCACCUCCAUCCAGGCCACCACCAACACCUCCAGAUAUGCUGCUGCUGUGUUUCGCAAAGGUGAGCUUCACAUCACACCUCUGACGGGAAUCCUGCAGAUGAGGCCGAGCUUCUCUUACCUGGACAAGGCUGACACCAAAACCAGAGAGAGGGAGGCGGCCAAUGAAGGUGGCGAUUCCUCCCAGGAUGAAGCUGAGGAGGACGUCAAGGCCAUCACGGUGAGGUUUGCUCGUCCAGAGUCGGAGCAGGCGAGGCAGAGGAGGAUUCAGUCGUAUGACUUCCUCCAGAAGAAGCAGGCGGAGGAGCCCUGGGCUCACCUGCACUACCACGGUGUCAAGGAUGGGCACUCGGAGCAUGAAAGGCAGUACCUGUUCUGCCAGUCAGCAGACGCCUCGGAGAACUCUGAACUAGUCAAAACUCCCAAGGAGUACCUGGCAAUGCUGAUGCCCCCUCUUGCAGAGGAGAAAAUUGUGAAGCCUGUUGGUCCCAGUAAUGUGCUCUCCAUGGCUCAACUCCGCACUCUGCCACUGGGAGAGCAAGUCAAGACCCUGAUGAAGAAUGUGAAGGUGAUGCCGUUCGCUAACCUGAUGGGCCUUCUCGCCUCUGGCACGGACUCAACCGCAGCGCUGCGCUGCAUCCAACAGGUGGCGCUGCUGGUUCAGGGCAACUGGGUUGUCAAGAGCGAUGUUCUGUAUCCUAAAAACACCUGCAGCCCUCACAGUGGUGUCCCCGCUGAAGUGCUCUGCCGUGGCCGGGACUUUGUGAUGUGGAGGUUCACUCUGGAGCGCGCUGUGAUGAGAAAGGAGAUUGCGUCCAUCAUCAAACUUCCUCCAGAGGAUGUGAAGGAGUUCCUGGAGCAUGUGGCCGUUCCUCGAGUCAACCGGGGCUGGGAGUUCCUGCUUUCUACUGAUGUAGAAUUCAUUAAGAAGCACACAGACGUGGCCCACAGGCAACACAUGCUGUGGCUUGGCAUCCAGAGCAAGUUGGAAAAAGUCUAUAACUUCUCAAAAGACGACUUCAUGCCAAAGAAUUCCCCUCUGCCUGAUCCUGUCCAUGUCAGCGGGGAGCAGCGUCUGCAGAUGGCGCAGGAUCGUGCUCAAGGGAGCAAGUCGUCCCUACAGAAGGACCUGGACACCAGACGGGCAGCAAGCAGCGUCCACAUCAAACAGGAACCCGUCAACGACGGGGAAGAUGAACCUAUGGACACCUCCUCCAUCCACAACGGUUCUGUCAAUGGUUACCCCAGUGCCACUUCCCCCGCCUUCGAUCACACUAACGGUAACGGAGGGAGUCCCGCCAACACGUCAUCCCUAGAGCUCCAGGACUUUGUGAAAAAGACUUUCAGGAAGCAUUUUGUACUGACGCUGAAUGAGUUUAAGAGGCUGUUUGGCCUCCACCUGGCCUCCAUGCCGGUGGGACGGAGCAUCUUCCCCUCCAUCUCGGACCACAUGCUACAGGACGCCAUACUGCUCUGCCAGUGCAAACAGAUAAUGGUGCCUUUUCCUGCUCAGACCACAGCAGCCACUGAUGAACAGAAGGUGUUUGGUUUGUGGGAGACUGGAGAGGAGUUCGACAAGCAACGUCGGCUACUGUAUGACCUGUUCAACAAGAACUACCGGGUCAGGAGGACCAUUGUACACGCCCGACUGACGCAGGAGUUUGGAGAAGUAUCGAAGGCGGACAUCGACCGGCUGCUCAAUGAGUGCUGCAGCAGCUACGCAGGGAUGUGGUACCUCAAAGGAACGAUACAGUCCUGACGCUGAGAUCCUGCAGUAACCGUCAGCCAAUCAAAUCCUCUCCCGGCUGUCCAGUGGGAGGGCAGCCAGAGAGAUGAGAGCCAAUCACAAUCACAGCUCGCCCAGCUCUGAGGGCGGGCGAUUGGAGGACAAAAAGACGUCGGCCGUCUGCUCAGAACAUGAAGCUUUUCUAUUCAACUGAAGCAUUUCUGACAUUAACAAGAGCACUCUGAUGCAGCACGGAGGAUAGAAACUCCUGACAUACUCACACUAAGAGCUAAGUCUCUGAGGGGGAAAAAAUAUAUAUAUUAUAUUAUAUUACAAUAUAUUAUAAUAUAUAUUAUAUUACAAUAUAUUAUAUAUAUAUAUAUUAUAUUGUUUAUCAGUAGAUUUUUGGAUUUUCUUGGACCUCAUGUUUGAUUAUUUAUCAAUUAAACUUUUACCUCAUCAGGAGGGUGUUUACUAUUGAAAGCAACGUGGCUCAAAGUGCUUUAAUUUUACUCCUGAUUUGUGCAUUUUGCCAGAGAAAACACAUUUUACUUUAUCAACAAAGCAAACAAUGUUUAAGCCCUUGUGGGGAGAAAAACUGAUUCACUUUUCAUCCAUUUACUUAACACAUGUUUGAUCUGACUUGUUUAAAUAAUGAGUUUUUAGAGUAAACCUUAAAUACACCAAUAAAAAGGGUGAACUUUAAGGUUGGAUGUUGCUUAAUUAAAACGUGUGAAGGCACUUCAAGAAACGUUGCCAAGUUUGUGAGUCCUAAAACAAAAGAGGGGGGGGGGGGGGGAUGCAGAAACUAGCAGAAAAAGUCCCCGUUUUCUUUAUGCUCAUGCUGUACGACAGAGAUCACUUCAUAUUUGUGGCAAUCAUGGACCUGGGAACUUAUUCACGGUUAUUCAGUCAAAUCAGUUCUGAAAAAUAAGUUUGAGGAAAGAGUGGAUUCAAUGGCUGAAGUUGAGAUUUGUUUUUGGUUGAAUGCACGAAGUUUCUAUUAGUUUUCCUUUUAUGAGAGACGAUUUUGAUGACGGCCAAUAAAGAUGCUAUUUAGAA